AAUGUUGACUAAUCGUUUAAUUGGGCUAGAAACAUGAAAACCAUUGUUCAGAACACUUAACGGUGCUGGAUGUCGGCCGCUGAGGCAGAUGGAAGACACGAAAGCCAUAUGGCCUUACGCCACUCUGAAGUGAUGGCAAAUAAUUGUUGCUGUGAAAGGCCACAUUUUAUGCGUGUGAUAAGUUGAGAUGAUUGAAGAGCAGGGAGUAGUGAUAGAGUUAAACAUGGAGAGCUGUAUUCUGCUGCCGGUUAUUUCUAUGUAUCUUCUCUUGCUACCUGGGAGCGCCUGGUCUCUUUGCUGUCCUACGUGUAGUCUGCGCUCCGUCGACCCUCUUAACGCCCAGCAAAUCGAGCAAAUAAGAAGCAACCAAGAGCUGAUCCAACAGAUCAAACUCAACCCGUUGCUGCUCCACAACCGGUACUACCAACGCUCGGUGGUAACCCUGACCAAGCGACAGAGAGGCCAGAUCUUGAGGAACCUCCCAGAUUUGUUCCUGAGCGAGGAGGAUUUCAGGAAGUCGCUGAUGACGAGAGGGAGGGUAACCGUGGAGGAAUCGCCUCAGGGGAUGUACUCACGCCAGAAGAGACAGACAACAGCGACCCGUGUCUGUGAGCCGUUAGCCGGUGUAGAUGCCUUACAACUUGCUCUCAAUCUUGAUGGUCAGGUGGUCGAGAUAAUACAGAUGCCGGACCAAGAUUUGAAUCAGUGGAUUCUGGAGGAGUCAUGUGACGACUUGGAAAGCUCACCACCUGCUCCAUUAGCCUGCGGCCUGGUAGACAGAGUUGUACCUGGUGUCUUUGUCACUCUCUCCGAACCCUUCAUAUUUGACCACGCCUAUGUAGUCGUACAGAGCUGUGCCACUGUAUACGUUUGAAACAUUAAACAAUUAAAGCUAGUCCAGGACCAGUCUGAGCCACACGUAACAGUCAGUCUGUGAGAUAGGUAACCAGACUAAGCCACAAGUAUGGCUGUGUCCGAAUUACUUGGCUACGUCUUGAAACUGCACACGUGUCUAUGGCAGCGGCUGCAGCCACUUUUCAUAGACUCGUGUGUAAUGUGAAGCCGUAAUUCAGACACGGCCUAACAGUCAGUCAGUCAUAUAGUUAAGUGUGAGGACAACAGGCUGGCCUCAUUACAAUCACAUAAACAAUACAGAUUCACAAUGGAGUGCGCCACCAAGAGGUUGCCACGGAGAGUCAAUGUUUAAAGGGUUAGUUGCCACGCAGAGCCAAAUCUAUUAGUACAGUGUAUUACAGAAAGUUGCCGUUGCAAAUUUACAUUAAAAGGAUACUUUAAUUAUUUCAUGAAAAUGUUGUGAACAAAAUGAAACCCUGCGGUAAAAAAUAGGGACAAUUAACUUUACAGUUUUGGACACAGAGAUCUGAAGAAAAUACAUUUAUUGAUUAAAACAUUCAAUUUAUUUGGAGAAUUAAAGGGCACAUACCCUGCUGUGGAUAGUAAUGGACGCUACGCGUUUAAAUUGUUAAAAGGUACGUUCAACUAAGAUAGGUUCAUUCAG